UUAUGUACGAGUUCCAAUUACAUUCUGUUCGGUUGAUUUUAAUUUCAUUCAUCUCGACCGAAUUGUACUCCGUCUACUCCGGAGAACGUGUCCAUCCACGAGGAAAUUCAAAGACGCAUAUGGGGGGAAUGUGUACCGGUGAAGGAAGUUAAUUCAGUGCGUUCGCGGUAGUGCCUUGGCGAACGAGCGCGACGAUCCACCUUGAUCGGACACGCGAGUUUUCCGAACGCGGAAAGGAGAGGCGCCGGCCGCCCGGGAGAGACACCCGGAUACCGAUCGUCCGCGAGCGCGAUUUCGAGGAGCUGCGAUGCGACACACGGGUCGAUUUAUUUAACCCUUUUGAUUACCGCGGGCGGCUGCACGCACGCCCGCGCGCCGGACGGUCUCUCCCUCGUGUGUAAAUGAAUUGUAAAUUGAUUCCCGUCGACGAGACGUGCCGGCUCUGUGCUCCUUCUCUCUCUCUCUCUCUCUCUCGGGAGAAACUCGAUCCUCGAUCUGCGUGUCUUCGAAUAUUACCUCAUCUCAAUUAAAAGCGGCGUCCGUUUCACGUUAACGUAACACUUUCAUCGCUCGUCACGUCACGUAACUCGUGCGUACCGAUCUCCGAUUUCCGGCAUUAUCUCUAUCUAUCCCUUUCCUUCGAAGAGAUGACACGUGAUGCUGCGUGACAGAUAUCUCUUUUUAUACUUUAUGAAAAAAUGUAUGUAUGUAAUUUGUUAAGUAUCGAGAGACGCGCCCGGAAGUGAAAAUAUGUCUCGGCUGUGUUUUCGAUAUCAUUAGAAGAUUCUCUAGAUACGUGUUAAGAGCCUAUAAAAGCGAUUCGAUAUGAAUUUAUCAAGGCCAAGCUCAAAGUCAUUGCGGCUCGCCGCGUUAAUCAUGUCAUUGAUCAUUGUCAACGCACGAUCGUGCGGCGCCGAGACCAGCGGCGAAUAUCUUCAGAAGGCGAUGAUCGAGCUCCAGGAAUUAAAUGUGCCGUCUAACAGCCUGACGAUGAACGACCGGUUCUCAGCGAACCUGAAUUAUCACACGGGCUAUCAAAACGAUUAUAUUCAGGAUAACAGAUAUCGCAAGAUCGGCACCAACGAUGUUCAUCAGGACGCGCAGAAGCCCGUUGCGGCUGUGCCUGUCGAGCAUGUGAACAUGGCUCAUUCUGCCGCGAACAACAUAGCGGAAUAUUACGCGGUACGCGACCCCACUGCAACGGCCAGUUACCCGAAGGUGAGGCAGCCGGAGCCGCUGGCGUUCACGCGAGCGGAGCUGGCCGCGUUAUACAAAAAGGCCUUGGAAAAAGGGUCAGCGAUCAGCGUGGCAUCGUUGACGCAGGCUCUUAAUGCCGCGGGCGGCAACGGCAAUGGCAAUGCGCCAUCGCAGACCGGUCACCUGCCGCUACCGAUUAAACCGAUGUACAACUACUACUUCUUUCCGCUGAAGAGCUUUGCCUCUGAACUGCAGAGGGAUCAUCAAGAGGCCGCGAUCGUUCCGAUAUACGCAGCCACCGAGACCGCGACGAGCACUCAAAAGCAGCUUAUGAAUCCGUUAUUCGUGGCGAUCGGCACGUUCAUUAGCAUGGCACUUUUGUUUAUGAUGGGCGUAUUGUUUCUACCGAAACUGCCACAGUUUGAAUUUUUCAAUGAGCGAGAGCGCGCGAGAAUUGCCGACAACGAUGACUUUUUGCGUCUGACGACUCUUGUGAUGAAUGCCAUAGACGGGCGUAACCGCUGGCGAAAUUUCAGCACAGUUGAAAGUACGUGAUGUAAAAUCAAAGAUAUCGCAUUCUUGCAUUAGAGGAUGAAACCCUGCGAACGUUCACGUUUGUGCGAAACGUUUGAACCGAACGUAGAAGAGAAAAAUUAUGUGUAC